AUGCCUCAAUGUCCAUCGUGCGGAAAAAUUCUGAAGGACCACACAUCUGUCGCUCGCCAUAUGAGCCAGCCCCGGUCUGGCUGCAACACGUGGCUAGAAGAUAUCAUCAAGCUUAAUUCCCUCAUUCCACCCUUGGACCCAGUGAAUAUCGAGCACGACAUUUCUCAUGAACCAGAACUCGGAGGCGAGGCGAUGGUAGUUGACUUUGGUGAUGAUGGCGGUGAAUUCGGUGAUGAAGAGAAUAUCAUGGGAGGUGGAAUUAUGGAUGAUGUCAUAUCCCGUAUUCUGGACCUACGUCCGAUGAUGUUCCCACGCCUUCCGGACGCCUUCCGGAUGCACAUCCGGACCUCCAUACCCUUAUCCAUGACUCCAUACCCUUAUCCAUGCCUGCAGUCCUCCAGUCCACUAUCGGUUCGGAUCCGUACACCUUCGUACAUCCAUAUAUCCAUACCUUCGGACCUCCGCAGCUAA